AUGUGGGCCGGAACGGCACGUCGAUCCGUAAACUCCGUUUCAGAUACAAGCGUCGUCUUCACUGUAGUCGACAGCACAGGGGCUCAUGCUCAGAGCUCGUCUUUUACUGUGGAAAGCGGCCCGGAUAAUUCAUGUGUCUUAGUGGUGUCCCCCUACGAUUUCACUCAACAGGGUAUGGGUUACGGGGUAACUGGUGUCUCGAGUCUUCCUCGACCGAUGGGCGGCCGGAUCUCCAUUUCCCCUCGCUCAACAUAUGCUGUCCUGGCCGCAAUAGCCAGUCAGAGCAUUGUUAGCGAAUCAUCGCCUUCUGGUGAUCCCGUCCCCAGCGGUGUCAUUGUCGCUGGGGUAGUGGCCGGGGUCGCAGCCAUAGCACUAGCAUGCUUCGGUGUUGCCCACUGCCGAACAUAUGGCCGCACGGCCCGACUAUACGCCCCGGCGCCCGUCGAACUGGUGCCGUCCUCUGGCCCACAAUAUGCCAGCGUGAUAGACGGCUGGCGAACCGAAGAAGCAGGUGAUUCUGACGAACAAACACUGGGAAGCCUGUCAAGAACUAGUACUAUCGUCUCGCUGCGGCGAGACGCCAUGACGCCCUGGCGACCGUGAGGAAUUGUACAGUAUG